AUGAAUUUACAAGAUUUUUCAUUCGACCACGUAACUGUCAAAAUAGAAAAAGAGGAUCAACAGGAUUGGAAAAGUGAGUACCCAAAUAAUAUUUACGAUCAAGAUUUUGCUCAAGAACUUCCAAUCGACAUUGAGGACGUUAAAAUUGAAGAAGAACCUGAGAACAAACCUCCUUUUGAAGACAACAAUAAAAUUAAUAAACCUAUUCCAACUUCGCCAAAUUCAAACAAACUUACACCAAAAAAACCUCACUCUUGCGAAAUAUGUUCCGCGAGGUUCCGUUCGCGCGCGAACAUGCUCGUGCACAUGCGCACCCACACAGGGGAGAAACCCUACUCUUGCAAAGUCUGCAAAUCUAGAUUUUCUCAAAAAAGCUACUUAAAAAUCCACAUGCGCAUCCAUACCUUAGAAAAACCAUUCACCUGCGACAUCUGUUCCACGAACUUCAGCCGCAAGGACGUAAUGACUAAGCACAUAAGGAUCCACACCGGAGAGAAGCCAUACGCUUGUAAAGUAUGUCCCGCGCGGUUCCGCGGGAAAAAUCAUUUAGACCGACACACAGCGAUCCAUACCGGAGAAAAGCGCUUUGAAUGCGACAUUUGCAAGAUGAAAUUCACGCGAAAGUGCCACCUACCGAGACACAUGGUAACUCACAUGCAAGAGAAGCCAUUUUCUUGUUCCAAGUGUUCCUUGAAGUUCCGCUUGGAGGUUAGCUUGCAAAAACACAUGAGAGUUCACGACAGAACCUUUAGUUGCAAUAUUUGUUCCGCGAACUUUAAGAACAGGAACGUUCUUAAGAUUCACUCCAGAAUCCACACGGGGGAGCGACCGUUCGCUUGUUCCGUGUGUUCCAAGGCGUUCCGCACGGCCUCUGGCCUGAGUAACCACAAGCGCAGCCACACCAAUGAAAGACCUUACGAGUGUCUUGUCUGUUCCUUCAAGUUCCAAACAAAGUCGCACUUAAAUCGACACUCUUCGAUACAUACCGGCGAAAAACCGUUCCAGUGUAAAGUUUGCGAGGUUACGUUCCGGAACAUUGCGUUCUUAAACACUCACAUGUUAAUUCAUGAGGGAAUUAAACCGUUUUCUUGUGAAACUUGUGGGUCUAAGUUCCGCCACAGUAGUAAUUUUAAGGAACACUUGAUGAUUCAUACGGAAGAAAAGCCUCAUGUUUGUGAGAAUUGUUUGAAAGCGUUUAGAACGAAGAAACAAUUGAAUCUUCAUAUGUUUGAACAUGAAGGGAAGAAACCUUACAAGUGUAGUUUUUGUUCUAAGCAGUAUACUAGUAGGACUCAUUUUGGUAAUCAUCUUAAGGGACAUACUAAUGAAAAAUAA